AUGCCGCCGUCCAAGUCCCGUAAGAUCGCCAUCCUGGGCUACAGGAGCGUCGGUGAGUCACUCCCUGAGGCGGGUGGAGGGUGCGGGGAGCGGGCCCCGAGGGGCUCCCCCAGACCGGGGCGCCCGGCCUCCGCCUUCCGCCCUCGGCCCAAGUUGAGGCUCCGCAGGCGGACGUGCGCGCCGCUCCCGCCUCGUGGCUUGGCGGCCGAAAGGGGGCAGCCCGCCUUCGAAGCCGGUCGCAGGUGAGAAGGACGACGACGACGACGACCCGCCUUGGGCCUGUCAGCCGUUUUCCGGGCGGGCUGCUGCCCUGCCUGCUUUCGGUGCUGGCGGGGAUGAGAAGCGUGUGGCGGUGGCCUCGCGCGCGUGUCUGUGUGCAUUUCCCCGUAACUUAGCCUCGCCAGGAUGCCGAGCCACUCAGUGCACCCGGGGCAGAUGCCUCACAACUCCCGGGGCCGUUUUCUCAGGAGAGGCUCCGAGCGGCCGUUUUGCAUUUCCCGCGUCUGCAGAGGCGACUUGUUAAUCUUCCGCGGUCUGGCUGGCGGGGAACACCGUUCCCGCUCCAGGCUGACGUGAAAUCUUUUUACUAACCCACCCCCCUUCCUCGUGCAAAGCGUGGUUACGGGUAAUGAUGGUUUCCGGGGCCGCUCCCAGAUGUCCACUCCCAUCCACUGCGCCUGGCACCGCAUACCCAAGAUCGCGCUUUCGCAAUAAUGAUUUUGUAGCUGCCGCUAACAGUGAGUGACAAUCUCUUCUCUUGCACAUUUGGUCUUUGAGAGCAUUCGCUUCCGGUGACCCACCGCGUUAAGAAAAGUGGGCUCUUGUGUUUUUUCCCUCCACCCCUCCCCAAAGUUGGAAACUGGUAUGAGUUGGUUGAAAUGAGUUGGUGGAAAUAAUUUGCACAUUCGGUUCUGCAAAUUAUCCCGGUCUGAAGAUGACAGUGUGGCUAAAGCGUUAGUGCAAGUUAACCAAUUUGAGUUUUGUUUCCUCAAACUACAUUGCUAUGUGGGUCAGUUAUUGUGGAUUUAUUUCAUGUUAACAAUGUGUUGGAUACUGUACAGGAAGAGAAGUGAUGCAUUACUAAAACCAUUCACCAAUUUUCUUGGUCUGAUCCCGUGAGGAAGAUAACUAUGGCUUUGUCUCGUCUCUUGGACAUACUUUAUAGACCUGCUUAGCUUCUGCACCAAAGGACUUUCAUAGGGAGUAAAACUCAUUCAAGCAGAAUUCCCCAGAAAGCUGGUAGUGGUUUGAAACUAAUCACAGGUGCAAUUUCUACAUAUAAAAGACAUUAACUUCAGUUCGCUCUUUGUAAAUCAUUUUACUUUUUUGCUUAAAGUAGUUUAGAUUAGGGGGUCUCAGGAUUUGCCAAAUAAGUCUCCCGAAAUCAUUGGCAAGGUUUUUCAAAUGUAAUAUUAGAAAGUAAUUAUUGUGGAGUAAUUGAAAAUGAAGUUAUAAUUUACUUAGGACAUGUAGUGGAGGUGCAGGGGAAUGUCUCUGAAAGAAGCCUCCUCCCUUUCCUAGCAGUUGCCUCCUUAAGGAGGCCCAAAUCAACUUCAGGGAUUAGGCAAACUUCUUUUAUUUUGCUUGCUCAAACAUUUAGCAGCUUGUCUGGUUUCUGACUGUUUCCUCCAGGUGUGAUGAUGGGACAGGUAAACACAUAGUAAAGGGUGUGACUGUAUGUGUGUGUUUUUUAUUGGCUACUGUACAGCAAGUGCUAGAGUAUAUUAAAUAGUAUGUAUUUGAUUCUAUUAGAAAGCUCAAUGGACACCUGGUCUUUGUCAGGUAAAUGGGGUCACUUUCAAAAUACAUUUGAGGGCAAAGAGCAUGUGACCACUUCUACAGCUGACAAAGCUGCAUUGGGGACUCAUCACAUCUUUUAUGGUGCACACCUACAAAACAAAGUGUUAAUUACAUGGGCACUUGAACACAGGUGUUUUCACAUGUGUAUCAUUGUACAAAUAACAUUUGUCUGGAAGCUGUGAUUGGCAACAGCUUCCCAUUGAGUGCACAUUUGGCAGCAAACCUGGGUUUGCCACCUUGUCAUACACAAAAAAACCCUUGAGUGUUUAGUAAUGGUCUUCUGUUACAUGAGUAAGUCAGCCGUGCAGUUUGCUACCCAGCUGCUUGCUUGAAACAUGUAGCAAGUGCUGUGCGAUGCCCCUCUUUCCAUCCACCUACUGCUCACCAAUCUAAACAGCACUAUCAUAGGUCAUUUAAAGCUGGAAUCUAACCCUUUUUUAACACUGUCCUCUCUGCUUUCUCUCCUAAGGGUCCAUGGACCUUUAAAUGCUGAAAUGAUGGCAUUCUUUAGAUAUUUUGUUCUGAUGUAAACAAAAGUAAUGUUAGAGAGCAAGGUGGGUGGAAAAAGGGCUUAAAAGUCCAGCUAUAUAAACAAACUGGGUAGCAGCAUUCACAGUGUAAACCAGCUGAGUGUUAAGUCAUAGUGUGUAAAAUAAGUUAUUUCCAACACAAGGUGGGAGGAGUCCAAAGUUGAGGAGCUGUUCAUGUUCACUUUCACAGUACACUUUCUGGGUGUUUAAUCUUUAUUUAAGUUUUAUUGUAUAAUGGAGAUAAGAGAAAUGUUUAAAUAGGCAGGUUCUUAUAUACCAGCUUCAUUUCUCGUAAUGACUGCCAUAAUGCUUGGGAAUGUGAUGCUGAAACAUACUUUGGUUUAUAGGGCCUUUUUUGUUGGAGGAGAGCUUGAAUGAUGUAGUGGUUAGAGCAGGGGUAGUCAACCUUUUUAUACCUACUGCCCACUAAUGCAUCUUUCUUGAUGGUAAAAUUUCCUCACCGCCCACCAGUGCUUAAUGGAAGGAGGAUUCAGCUUGUGCCGUAGAACCCCCUACCGCCCACCUAGAAUCCUGAAACACCCAUUAGUGGGCGGUAGGGACCAGGUUGACAAUCCCUGGGUUAGAGUAUUGACGUAGAACCAAGGUUCAAAUCCCCAUUCCAUCAUGAAGCUCACUGGGUAACCUUGGUCCAGUCACUACCUCUCUUCCUAACCUACCUCAGUGGUGUUGUGGGGAUUAAAUGAGGAGGAAGAGAACCAUGUACCUUUGAGCUCCUUGGGAGAAAAGGGUGGAGUAUAAAUUAAAUAAGUGUGAAAAUUAUUUAAGGAAAAAUAUACUGAGGUCAGGUUUUCAUAUCUGCUCAGUGAAGCUGACGUUUUUACUAGGUUCAGUGAAGCAAACACACUUUCAGUUCUGGCAGAAAGUACUGGUGGUUUAGCUAAAAUCAGACCCUUGUUUUGAAGUGGGCUCUUUAAAAUGCUAUGUUCAAUCCAGAACCUUAACUCCUUGUUAAAAUAGUUUCCAAGUACAGUACAACCUUAUAAAGUUCUCAUCUGCUGUAUCUUUCUUCAUAUACUUUGGGGAAGAAUGGUUGUCAAAUUAGUGCCAUAGAAUUGUUACCAUAGCAAUUCCUUUUCCCUCCCCUCUCCACCUUUAUUGGGAAUGAAGAGGAAAUCAAGGCAAUGCAAUAGAACAAAGCAGAUGUAACAUUGACAUGCUUCUCCGGUACUGUAAAAUUUACAGUGACUUUGGUUUCAGAACCCUUCAGAUGCUUUCUCAGUGUGAAAAAGGCAUACCUCAAGGCUUUCUUCAUGCCUGGAUCAAGUUCCAGUUGUUGUAAUUCCAUUUCUUUCCCUGGCACAAAGAUUAUAGAGAGGCCUGAAUAGAAGAACAAAAAUGUAGCUUGUUCAUACAAUGUGACCAAGGAAACAAUCAGCACCAGUCUGUAAUUGAAUGCAAGAAUUUGCCCUACAUGUGUGGACUUUACAAGCUGGUAUGGCAAAGAUAAUUCAGGUAUAAGGUAGCCUCUUUGUAUAAGGCUCAAGCUAGCAGAGGUAUAAGGCAAAGAAAGUACCUGGUUAACAAAGUAAUUAGAUUAGGAAAGUAAAGGUAGACUUUCUAAUUCAUUAAAUCAUUUGGAUUGCCUGAAAAUAGCUAUCCUACAAUAUUUGUUUGCUUACUGAUCUGAAAAUGGCCCACAGAACUCUCUGAAGGAGGUCUACUCCUGUUGAAACCUUUGCACACAUACAGUGAAGUACACAGGACAGAGUCUGACCAUUGGCCAUCCAGCUCAGUACACAGACUGACAGUGGCUUUACAGCAUUUCAGACAGGAAGUUCCUUCUAUAAAAGCUGGAAAGAUGAGCUGGCGCUCUUCUAGCAUUCAAAGUUUCAUUUGGGGAGAGGCUGGUGCAGAAGGGCUCUAUGGAGGAUCCAUAUCUUAGCCCAGGGGUCAGCAACCUUUUCCAGCCGGGGGCUGGUCCACCCACCGUCCCUCAGACCAUGUGGUGGGCUGGACUAUAUUGGGGGGAGAAUGAACCAAUUCCUAAGCCCCACAAAUAACCCUGAGAUGCAUUUUAAAUAAAAGCACAUAUUCUACUCAUGUAAAAACACGCUGAUUCCCAGACCAUCUGUGGGCCGGAUUGAGAAGGCGAUUGGGCCACUUCGGGCCUUAGGUUGCCUACCCCUGUCUUAGCCUUAUAAACACUGAUAUACAAGCAGCAACCAUUUUAGAUGCAUUCAGUUGACAUGUGAUCGCCAUCGCAUGGGUCCUUUUGGACGCGGAAGAGGGCAGAACGUGCUUAUACAUGCUCCACCAACACACACGGGGGCCAAGAACACAACCCCCAUGCGAAAUGGUCACCACCUGUACCUUAAGGUAUUAGUGCUAGGGUAUUUUUUUUAUAAAAAAAAAAGACUGGUUAAUGCUAGUGUAGUGUUGCAUUCUAUGCCUUUAGUGUGAGUUUCUUUUCUUAGUUAUUUUAGUUAUGGGUGCUUAAAUAUUAGACACAUUUUCAAACAUGGAUGGGGGAAUGAUCAUAACGCACAAGGACAAUCUGCAAUUAAAAGUUGCCAAAUAUUUAAUCACAUCACUGAAACAGCUGCUAAAAUGCAGUUUUACACAAUUCUUUGGUCAUGGUCUUCACUAUUUGCUGAAUCCAGAUCUUGUUCUUAAGCAGGAUAGCUGCUCCUGAGUAGUAGUCUGAAAUGCCAGCUUUAAUUAAAAGCUUCAUUUUAUUCCUGCCUGUCUAGUGGCAAAUCUUACUGCAAUGUACUUGUUAAUGGUAGCAGUAAACUCUAGAGGCAGCAUGUUUGACUGUAAUAUCAAGCCACUGGAAGGGUUGUUUAAGGACACUGUGCUAGAAUUAACUCCUGAGUUGCCUGGUUUGCAUUUCUGAGCUUUUUUUCUCAUCUCACUCUCAACAAUACUUAAAACAGUCAAGCUGCUAACAUAUUUACAUAGGAUACCUUGUUCAGUCACCAACUCCUUUUAACACUUCCUGUAUUUAUAUAAAUAUCAGUUUCCUAAAUGCAAUGCAUAGUCUACAAAUAUAGACACUGAUGUAAUUGAAUCUUAGGUCUCUGUGCUGUGGAAGCCUCAAAUAUUUUUGGCUCGUACUAUGAAGCUAUUUGACACCGUCAAAUGGAACUUAGCUCUGACCUUCCAGUUUUGUGUAUUUGAAUAAUGUGCACUUUCUAAGGCUGAUUUGCAAUAACUUACUUGGCAUACCUUUGCAGUAAAUCCCGACAAAAUUGAUUUCUUUUUCAGAGCUACCUUAAACAUUGGCAGUCAAAUAUCUUCAGCUUCUUUGCAUAAUAAAAUUCAUCUUUUUCAUAAUAUAACUGCAUGUAUGUGAAUGCUUGGCCAUAGCUGAUGAAUAUAUAGUACCUUGCCUGAAAUGCUGUAUGCUGCAUUUCCCUUGUGAGGUAAAACACGGCUGUUAUUUAGAUUAUAAAUCAAGUGAUGCAACUUUGAACUUAAAAUUCUGUUAGUAUUCAAAAUGAGCAAAGAGGCUCCCAGUUUAGAGCCUGUUUUCGGUGCUUGCUCUUGCUUUGGGGACCACAUUAAGCAGGGCUAUUGAUGUGUUUGCAUUGAUAACUCCUACCAAAGGAAAGCAUGCCUAAUUUUUCCAGACACUGCUGGUCCUACAGGAAUAUGGUGAGAGGGUUUCCCCACCCCUCAUUUACUUCAGUUUCUGUCCUCAUCCGUGCCUCAAAUGGCUUGGAUUAAGUAACUGUCUAAGGUGGUGCAGGUGGGAGGCCACACUAAAAAUAGAAUGUCUGAGCUAGAUAGUUGAAUUAUAUUGAAAUUAGACACAUACACAUCUGCCCACUUAACUUUGUGUGUCAAAUGCAGGAUCAGCACAUCUCAGUAUUCAGUCUGAGACUGUUGAUCUCAAGGAUGAGGGUGUCUCACAGUUUGGGGGCAGGUACUGAACAUUUAUGUAACCUUUUCAUUAUAAUAUGGUGCUCAGAUGAUGCUGUACCAUUUGACGCUUUGAUCUUAAAGGCUGUGGAUGGGAGAGAAAGCUACCUUGGAGAUGUGCUAGGCCUACUUUGAGAUACCCUCUGGGAUCACAAAUAUUGGCUUUCUUACUAGCCAUCCAUUACUUUUAAUGAAGAGCUGGAGUCAAUCAAUAUAUGGAAGGCCACAGGUUCCCUGCCCCUGCCAUAGAAGAAGUGUGUGGGCUAUCAGGGGCAGUCUUCAGAUUGUCUCUAAUGUAACUUGGGGGUUGUGCUAUGGUCUCUCACAGGCCAGUCCAACUUCUCAUACUAAGGGGGCCACAAGAGUACUUCAACACAGAAUCCAUGGGCAACACACUUCAUUAAAGUGUUUGCAAUAGAUUUAUCAUUAUUUAAUAGGCAUAAUUAAGAUAAAUUUAUCAAUUGUGUAUUUAAUUAUAUAUAUUAUUUAAUUAGUAAACACGUUUUAACAUGCAAACAGAUGUAUGUACUUAUGUUAAUACUAAACACAUGACACAAAAAAUAUCUUUUAAAGGCUUUUAUGUUAUUUUUUCUUUAACGUUGCCAAGGGCUGCCAAAAAAGCCAGGCCACGGGUUGAACCACCCGGGUCUACCAUAUUGCUUACUUCCAACUCUGCAACUUCCCACUUCAGAUUUCCAGCUAUCUUUCAGUGCAGCCUCAAUAGUUUGUUUGCAGUUUUCUUUGCUGGGAAAGUGAACUGUUGUGUUUAUAGGUUCAUCCAUACAUGAACGUAAUGUGAAUUUGAAGCAUCAUGUGCCUUUUUGUGUGUAUGUGCUCUCAACAUGACAUUUUCCCCUAUCCAAUUGGUUGCCUGCAGUUUUUCAACAAUAAACACAGAUUUGGGAAAAAUCCAAAAAGGGGAAUUAAAUGCAGUAUAAAACCACUUGUUACUCUGCUGUGAAUACACUGAAGUGCAUUUUGUGGGUGGUUCUGGUGUCAUUUCUGUCACCACACCCCCUACUUCCAUUUUGCUUCCAUCAGCUGAUAGGGUAUGUUCCCCCUUUUUAAAACCAAAUCAGCCGUUUUUCACAGAAGAGAUCUUGCAGAAAACAACUGUAUUAAAAACAAAAAAGAAUCCCUUGCCGAUUCAGGAGGCAGGGAAGGGGAUGGUAGCCUUUCAUGAGAGUGACUCCAAACCAUUACCUGAUUUUUGAGUACACACAUCUAAAAAUUAUUUAGAUAAUGCAGCCUGGAUAGCUCAUUUGGUUAGAGUGAGAUGCUGAUAAUGCCAAGGUUGCAGGAUCGAUCACCAUAUGGGACAGCAGCAUAUUCCUGCAUUGCAGGAGGUCGACUUCCAUCUCUACAUUUCUAUGAAUCAAAGAUCAAUUAACUUUUGUUCCAGCACAGGUCUGCAUUUGGAGGCAUGUACCAAAAGGUGGGGGGGACUAUGUAGGGACAGCAAUUGAUUCCCCCACCACCACCAGUUGCCUCUUUAAACCUAGGCAAAAAAUCAUGAGGUGUCUAAAAUUCAGGUCAUUAACUGUCAACAAUAGAAGAAUGUUUGAAAUUAGAAGUCGGAGCAGCACGGAGAUGGGAAAUGAGAAAAAUUGGCAGCUAGGGGUGCUGGGAAAAUCUUGUAAACUCUACUUGUGUUUCCCAAUUUUUUUGGUUUGGUGACCCACUGGUCCUAAUUUACUUGGUAUAAUAGCCCACCAAAUUAUUGUCACGUGAAUUUGGGACCUUAGUUCUCUGCCACUAGUCAUCAGAGAGUAGUUCCAAAUUGUUAGAAUGUUAGAAUCAAGCCUUUCUGAAAUUUGCUUAUAAGUGUCAAUGCUAUACUAUAAUAUGCAAAUGAAGUUAUAAGAGGCAUUCAUCAUUCCAGUUAAGGAUUACAAGCAGUCAUUAUUUUGGGUUUACACUUGCACAGGCUUCGCUGCUCUAUAGGACAUCAAGCACUUUUCCCAGACCAGAAGACCCCAUUGAACUCUGCCUGUGAAUGGUCAGUAAACCCUGCCUGCACCUUAAUAAAUUGUUCUCUAAGACCAUGAGGACUAGAAACUUCUUAUAAAAAAGGACAUUCUGAAUUCUAAUUUGUGGCCAAUAUUCUAGACAUUCCUCUCUUUGCCCAUUUUACUGUACUGCCACUUCCCUUUGAGUUGCAUGCAAGGAACAUGAAAAAUAUAGCUCAUGUUGGCAGACUGAUGAUAGAAGACCAGCGUACUUCCUUCUUAAUCUUGUAGUGGAUUUUAACUGACAGAAGGAGGUUUGCUGGAAGCAAAACUGUCUUAGGGUAUAAAUCUCGAUGGAGAUAUGGAUAAUCUUGCUAUGUUGUCCAGUGUGGUGGCUCUUCAAACUGAAGAGCAGUUAUUUUGGAAACAAGAAUAGAGAAGUUGGGGGGGGGUUAUACUUCAUAAGAAAUUGUUUAGCCCGUGAGGGGGGGAAGGGUUAAAUUUGAAAGUAGGUUUAACAUAAUAGUUUUUCAUGAGAUUGUAUGAUAGUAUUAAGACUAGAAGUGGCAAAAAUAAAACUAAGCUUGAAGUAUUCAGUGCUUUUUUUCAAUAUUUCCAUUUUAUAUGGUGUGUAAUGAUUUAGCAGUGGACCCAGAGCUAUCUUAAACCCCCAGUCCCUAAGCCUAAUUAAGUCAGGCAGUAAUACUAAUGAGGUCUGUGAGGUUGUUUCCUCAAAAUCCACACCCAUCUGCCCCAUGUCAUAUAUGACAUCAGGGGUGGGACAGGUAAAGAUAUGGCUGAAAAGCAGCAGUUGGGAGCUUGUAAGGUGUUCUCCUGAUUGCUCCGUGGCAGUGAGCCCCACUGGGAGACAGAAUAUUUGCUUUUGGGAAUUCCCUAGUGCACCCAAUGAGGCUUGCUCUCUAUACCAGUCAGCCGAAUGGCAGUUAUCAUGAGCCCCUUUGAAGGUACAAUGUAAGUACCAGUCAGUUGAUCAGCCCCUUUGAAGUUGUCGUUGCCCACCAUCAUUAUUUUAUUAUUUAUAUGCCGCCCAUGUGACUGGGUUGCCCCAGCCAGUCUGGGCGGCUCCCAACAAAAUCUUAAAAUCACAAUAAAACAUCAACCAUUAAAAAUUUCCCUGUACAGGGUUGCCUUCAGAUGUCUUCUAAAAGUCAUAUAGUUAUUUAUCUGUUUGACAUCUGAUGAGAGAGUGUUCCACAGGGCGGGUGCACUAUUGAGAAGGCCCUCAGAGCUGGACCUCAGUGUCUGGGCUGGAUGAUGGGAGUGGAGACGCUCCUUCAGGUAUACAAAAUGAAGACUGUUUGGAGCUUUAAAGGUCAGCACCAACACUUUGAAUUGUGCCUGGAAACGUACUGGAAGCCAAUGCCGAUCCUUUCAGAGUGGAGUUAGGUCGUGGUGGCCACUCCCAGUCACCAGUCUAGCUAAGUGAUAGGUGGGCAGCCCUGCCUACCUGCUGGAGUUGACCUGUGGAGGAGGUAAAGAUUCGGCCUACUGACCAGAUUGAGUCUCCUACCCUGGUCUUUGGCAAGCUGCAAAGUAGCAAACUUGCUUCUCUUGUCACAGCUUCCUCUAUUACAAUACCAUUGGAGGUGCCUGUCCCACCAGUUUAAAUCUGUUGAGCGCAGUUGGGAUAGCUCUGUGCUCUUUUUGGCUUCUGCAAAUUUAUUAUUAUUAAUAAUAAUAAUAGUUUAAGCUUCAUUAACAAGAAAAGGGAUGCUACAGAAUGUUUGCAUUUUAAAGGCGCUUAAGAUUAAUUUAUGAAAUUCAGUUCUGUGUACUUAUUAAUCCAAGAGUUAUUUAUGGAGAAGGAGAUAACGGGAAAAGGCAGUUCACUGAGAACCUAGACAAUUAUAGACCACUAAGCACAACAUCAGAAUAGUUAGCACUUUGAAGUAGAUUUCAAAACAACCACUGAAGUUUAGAAAUAUCCCAUCUGGAACUUCUAUCAGUGCAUGGGAAUGCGAGAGAGCGCAGGAGGACAGUGCCAGAAUUUCCUCCCUCAUGGCUACGCUGCUUGCUACAAGUGGGAAGGAUGGUCUUGAGGAAAAAGCAGAGCCAUGUUAAAUUUGGCCCUCAGGGAAGUGUAAAGAAGAACAACACCCACAGGGCACCUUCUCUCUCUCCCCCUCCUUGUCUGCCACAGCCACAAUAUACAGAAAAACACUUCAAAUCGAGGCAUUAUUGAGUCUAUCCAAAAAUUUUCUUUUUAGAAUUAUGUUGUUUAUACACAGUGCAUAUGCUAUCCAUACCUCUGAAAAUGAUCUAAGCAUACUCUGUUGAUGCUUUCUGUUGAAUCCUACCUUGAAGCCUUAGUUUUUGUAACUUCAAAACUCUUUUCAAGUCCACCAGCAGCUGAAUCAGAAUAGAGACUUGAAUACAUGUUUUGUAGGAAGGGGUGUAAGUACUUCUGCUUACAACUCCAAAAGAUUAAAGACAAAAAUAUGGACUCGUUUGCUUCCUUCUUUCCACCAGUUUUUAACAAGAACAGUUUUUGAUGUGGUUUUUUUUAAAAAAAAAAAAUAAAGAUUUUCAUGGUUUACAAAAGUAUGUGCAUUGUCUCUUUUUCAGGUUGUGUUUUCUACAGAUUGAUUACAUUUGUUGGGAGACUUUAGUGUUGUAUACAGUGUAAGGUUGGGGAAGAAAAGGGGGCAGAGAGGGGAAUGGGGUGGUAAAACCUAUAUUCUUUUACUUAGUAUAUGUGCGGGGUUUUGUGUCAGCAUCACUUGGGAAGGUUCUCUUUCCAUUCACUUGUUAUGUUUCCUUGAUAGAGAGGUUGAAGGGGGAUGGGGCAUGUUUCGUGGUUUUAGCUGGCUGCAGUGAGAUUUGUUUGCUGGGGGAGGGGCGGGAUUGUUGGGUGAAGCUAGCCAUAUUGAUUCGUCUGCUGUCGGUGGAUUCUUGAACAACAACGAAAAAGUGUUGAAAAUAACUUGGCCAGUUACUUUAACCCUCCUGGACUACCCUAAAUGCUAUAAAGGGUGAGUCACUGACUGUGUUAGAACCUGACAUAUGAAAGCUAGGAGCUAAAUGGCACCUUAAACCUAGGUUCUGGGUGCAACAACAGAAUAUCUAGGCACAUUUUUUUUUUAACAAUGCAGAGGUGAAAAUGAAUGAACUGCAGCUAAAAUAUUAUGUUCACAUGGUCUAGUCCUUCCCCUGCCCACCCAACUAAUAUUCUUAAGAGGGUCUCUUCUCCAGUUUUCAGAGAGUAGCUGGAAGUGGGGAGACAGAAAAAUGUCCUCCUUUCCUUCCACUCUGCAGUUUUAAUCUGAAAUCUUAGGCACAGUAAUGCACCCAGACCUCAGAAACUGCUCACGCUAAGGAAAUUCCCUUUCACAAAAUGCGCCUAGAACAGCGGGAGUUUCGAACACUGGUUGCUGAAUAUGGAUUUAAAGCAACUUUGAGAGUUGUUGCGGUUUUGAUUCACAGAUGGCAGCCUAACAUGAAGAAGACAAGCCACGCCAACAGUCUUGGGACAGGCAGACAUUUUAGACUUGCACAUAACAGUGUUCUUUCCCUCUUCCCACUCAAACUUGAAAGUAGUCAGGAGCUAUUGUGCUUUAUCCUGUCUGACUGCAAUUUUGCAAUAUAUUCCAGUGCCAUUUGGCCAGCCCUGAACUAUAGCCAAGCAUGCUGCUUGCCUGCCCACACUUGGUUGGCAAGGAGCCCGGAAGCUUGAACGUUGCAUAACUGGCAACUUCUUAAAUGAUGAACAUUUUUUCAUGUUAAUUUAGUCUGCGUGCUGCUGAAUAGGUAAUUGAACUUGUGUUGUCACAUAUUAUAAUUCAUUAUUCCCAUCUCUGCUCUAGUGGGGUUAUUUUGGGGUUUUUUAAAAGGGCUUCACACUUUUUACCAAUGUGAUUGGCAGAAUGUUUUGGUCUUGGAUUUUUGCUGUCCCUAUGUCAUCCAUAGAAUUCCGCCCCCGGCCUUGUGCUAUCUGGAUUUCUGCUGGUUUGCAUUCAAAUGUUCCCUUACUAUGUACUACAAUGCCUGUGAAUGAAAAAUUGGAUUCAGUUCAAAUGGGCGAAAGCAACAUUUGAAAACAUUUUAUAAUUAGACCAGCGGGAAUUUUGCUGUGCCCAUCAAAUGGAAUAUUUCUGCCAAGCUGAUACGUGAAAUCAGUUUACAGCACUAGGUUUUCUGUAGACAUCUUGAAGUAAUAGUCAGGACAUAGGAAUCUCCCUUAUACUGAGUCACGUCUUUAUAGAUCAGUGUUUUCUGUUUUGUCCACGGCUAUACAGGAUUUCAGGGGUCUUUUCCCAGGCGUGCCAGCAGAUGCCAGGGAUUGAACCUGGGACCUUCUGCAUGUAAGGCAAGUGUUUAACCCCACUGAGCUAUAGCCCUUCUUUUGCAACAGAAACGCAUAUCUAGAAUUACCAGACUGGUGGGAAAGCAAGGAUGUUCCCUCUUCCAUGUGACAGCCCUUAAGAUACUUGAAGAUGGCUAUCAUAUCUCCCAUCAGUCUCCUCUUUUCCAGGCUAAACAUACCCAGCUCCUUCAAGAGCUCCUCAUAAGGCUUAGUUUCCAGACCCUUAAUCAACUUGGUUGCCCUCUCUGCACAAAUUCCAGCUUGUCAACAUCCUUCUUAAAUUGUGGUGCCUAGAAUUGGACAUAGUAUUCCAGGUGUGGUCUAACCAAGGCAGAAUAGAGUGGUACUAUUACUUCCCUUGAUCUCUGGACACUAUACUUCUGUUGAUACAGCCUAGAAUAGUGUUCGCUUUUUUUGCUUCUGCAUCACACUGUUGAUUCAGGUUAAGCUUGUGAUCCACCAAAACCCCUAGAUCCUUUUCACAUAUACUUCUAGUAAGCCAGAUGUCCCCCACCCUAUAUUUGUGCGUCUGGUUCUUCCUGCCAUGUGAGAAGUUGUUGGUUUCAUUUUUUAAUUCAGAUGACCUGUUUACCAGCUAGAAAUGCUUACGAAAUGCAACUACAAUGUGGUGUGUAGUUUAAAAAAAUACAAGCCUGGGCCCCAAAGUAUCCACCAUGCCUUGUGAUCUUUGCUUUAGGAUUAUGUUGCCUGCCGUUGGCAUACACAUCAGACAGGUGCUAGCAACUAUUUCAUGUAGACAGGGGUCACUGCAGUGCAGAAAAAGGCACAGCUAUAUCUCAAAAAGAAAGUUUUUCCAAGGACCUGAAGGAUGGCAGGCUUCUUAACGUUUUGCUUAGCACUGGCUCCCCAGUGCUUCAUGUCGCAGUAUCUUAAAAUCCAUAAUUAACAGUGUGGGGCACAGGAUAAAGUAAAGCCUUUGGGAUGUUGUGGGGAACCUUUAUGGCCCACUGGGCCCAGAUCUUUAACCCAUAGUGAUAGAGAGAGAUGGGAACCAAGUGCAUUCAAUCCUGCUUUUGUCAGGUUUUUUUUACUUGUGGUAUCGGAUGUGGGGCAGGUGGGCAUAGUUUGGGGGAAAUGGCCUCGUGAGCCAAAUAGGGUGACCUGGUGGGUCAACUUUGUGCUGUGGGGCAGAGAUUUCCUACCCCUACUUUUGGUGUGAAGUGACCUUGAUCUGAAUACGUGGGAAUUCAGACUUAACAGUAUCUUUAUCGGGAAGAAGCAGGCCUGAAUUAGUUCUGUUCCAGGAUCCAUGUAGCAUUGGGCACAGCCGUCAGCUCAUGAAGGAGGCUGUGUACAGGUAAAACUCCUUAAUCAACUCCAGACUUCUAAUUCAAUAUAUUUAUUAAACAUUGCAAUACAAUAGAGUAAGAUAUAUCAGAAACUGCAUAAAAGGAAAAUAGUAAUUUUCCAACUAAUCCUUCCUCUAAUGCAGUCUCUCCACCCCUCCUAAUCCCUUUUCCUUUUCUUUUGCAUCUUCUAGGAGGUUGUAAGCCUGAGGGCAGAGUCUGGCUCAUCAUUGACAUUUGUAAGCCACUCUGGAAGCCUUUUUUCAGCCGAAGAGUGGGAUAAAAAUGCAUUAAAUAAAUAAAUAGAUUAGUUCAAUGACUUAUAAAAAACAUUAGCAUCCUUGUUGCAUGCAGGCAGAUUCACAGGAUCUGUUGAAGUCAAAGUAAACAGUCAAGAGAGUUCCCUCAAGCAAUGGAGACAGACAUGCCCAGAUCAGCCUAUUAAGUAUGUUGUGUGCCAGGAGGGGCACAGAGGUGGGUGUCCUGGCACAGAGGCUGAUUCCCUCCCAGAUGGGUAUACAUGCGACUCUUCUCUGUGUGCCCCCUCCAUGGGAGGUCUGAAGAAUGACAACACUAGAACAGGCCUUUUCAUUGGUGGCUGGUGGAAUGAUCUCCACUUGGAGGCAUGUCUGGUAACAUCUUUCCUUCUUUCUUUCUUUCUUUCUUUCUUUCUUUCUUUCUUUCUUUCUUUCGGUGUUAGGCAAAGCCUUUCAUUUUUAUCCAGGCUUUUGGUCCUUAGUUUGAAAUGUUCCACGUAUUUGUUGCCCCCUUGUUACAAUCGGUUUGUUUUGGGUCACUUUUGUGAGGAACGUGACUAAUAAAUAUAAUAAUAGUACUUUCCAUUCAUGGGAAUGCGGGGAGGGAAAGUGUCUACUGGGAAGGUUUGGGGUGGUGAUGGGUUGGAAACAUCCUUGUUUGCAACACCUAUGUUUGUCACAGGCUUUGCCCUCGUGGAAGAUGUCAGGGUGGUGGUGGUGGAGGUUUUGUGUGUGUGUUUUUUAUGCAAACAUAAUAUUCCUAAAGAGACAAGAGGAUUGGAACAUUGACUUUUGUCAUAGUUAAGGGGGGGAAUGUAUGAUCACCUUAUAUGCAAAUCAUUCUGGUUUCACGUGAAACAAUGAGAGUAUCUAUUUUAAGUUAUUCUAAUGAUAAUAAGUGGUACGUGGAAAUAAGAUGGCUGCCUGGCACAGGCAUAUGUUCAUAUAUUCACCAUAUGAAACACCUUCUAUUUUAGACAGAUUGACAUCUUUAGAACUCAGUGUUGAAAGUUUGAAAGAUGCUUGGAGCAAUGCUUCAGUAUUUAAUAGGCCAUGGUUAUAUUUUCACCCCUAUACAUAUUUCCCAUAGCGCUUGUGAAAACCUGCAUUGGAUAUAUGUGAGGCAGGGCUGUUCUAAUUCUAAUGCCUAUUGAUAUAUUUGCUGCUUUACAGCAGAAGUGACAGCAUGACCAAACGGGGUGGCAGUAACCUCUCUAGGGUGUGCAAAAGAUGCUAACUUCCUUGGGUUUUAGGGUAAUGGAAGUGUUUGUAGCAGCUGCAAAUAAUGGGUGUGACUAACAAGCCAAGCCAUAAUGUGUAGAUCCUAGCAGAGGAAAAGCUGAAGAACAGUUUGUGAUAUGGCAUGAUGUGCUACAGUUCAAAGGGAGAAAAAGUUGUCAUCAAUCAAUUUUCAGUCCAAUUAAAACACAGAUUUGGCAUAGGAGGAGGGAGUCAGACACUGUCUCUCACGCAGUGUACAGUGGUGCCUCGCAAGAGGAAAUUAAUCCGUUCCGCGAGUCUUUUCGUCUUGCGAAGCACGGCUAUUAGCGGCUUAGCGGCUUUUAACAGCUUAGCGGCUUUAAGAAAAAGGAAACAAACUCGCAAGAACUCGCAAGACGUUUUGUCUUGCGAAGCAAGCCCAUAGGGAAAUUCGUCUUGUGGAACGACUCAAAAAACGCAAAACCCUUUCGUCUAGCGAGUUUUUCGUCUUGCGAGGCAUUCGUCUUGCGGGGCACCACUGUAGUCAGGAUCACCUAAACAGCUCUUUAAAACAAAAUAAAACAAAUUGCAAAACUUCUGUGUUUGGUGACAGAAUGUCAUUAACCGCAUGUGCAGCACUGUUAGCUUUUGCCUUGUUUUCUUCACAGGGAAAUCAUCGUUGACGAUUCAGUUUGUGGAAGGCCAGUUCGUUGAUUCAUAUGAUCCUACCAUAGAGAACAGUAAGUAACUGAACUAUUUCUCUGAACAUGCAAGGAGAGCUGAUUUGCCUUAAUCCAUUUCGCCCACACAUGCACUUUUCCUCAAAAGAGCUUGAAGCAGUUUAUGCUUCAUUGAUUUAUUAUUUAAUCUGAAGUUGGAUGUUUAACGGAGGCAGAACUUCAUAAAGUGCAGUUUUCUAUAGAGAAGCUAGGGUGUAAACCAGUCGGUCUUUUUAAAUUUGUGCACAUACUAUGGCUUUGUGUUUAGAAAUCACAUAUGCAGAGAAGGAAUAGAAGCAACACUUCUCUGCAGCCUUUUGGGAAAUGAGACCUAUGAGCUUGAAAUUAUGUUGGAUCUAAAGUUAAUAUAACUGCUAGCCUUUAAGGCUAGUCUUUCUAGUUCAGCUCUGCAGAAAUAUAUGCAGUGCUUUUUUCCAGGAUGUACUCAAGGGUACGCAGUACUAGCACUUUGUUGUUGUUCGUUAAAAAGUUUGACAUUCACUGUAACAACUUCAUGGUGAGUAACAACACCUAUUUUUCUAGGAAAAAAGCACUGAAUAUAUGUGUAUGAAAUAAGUUUCACAGCCUUAACCUAAGUCUGGAGGUCAUGGAGUAUUUCACUCAAACCAUGAUCUAUAAGUCAAGGUUUGUUUUUGACUUGCAAAUCAUGAUUUGUGUUUGGGUGAAACCAACCACAGCCUCUGGUUCAGACAUAAUGGUCAGCCAUAGAUUACAUGCUUUUUAAUCCACUAAGAAUAGUUAACUGUGAUGUGCAAAUUUGGCCAAUGAAACCCAGGUUAUUUUUAUUCUACUCAAGAGUAAAAUGGCCAGUUUGAACUGAAGUGAUAGACUUUUCCUGCGAAGCACUGAACUGCCCUUUUUCUCAUUUGUCCAGCAUUCACAAAGCUGAUUACAGUAAAUGGGCAGGAAUAUCAUCUUCAAGUAGUUGACACAGCUGGCCAAGUAAGUAAUGUUUGUUUCCCUGAUAGUAUUUCCAGUGUUGAUAUCCUAAAAUUGGUACGGUGCCUUAAAAGACUUAGGAGAGAAGGCUAUGGCCCUUUUAAUUAUUUUCAAGUAGAAAUUAGACGUGAUUCAUCCUAUAGUGUCUGGUUACAGAUUGUAUGAAAUCUUAGAAGAAGCAGAUCAUAGGUAUGUUUUCAUAACCAACUCAGUUACUCUUGCUUAAAGCACAGAAAGAUCAUAGUUGCAGUUAAUCUAAAAUUGUCAUAUGAAUUUGCCGUUUAUAGAGGGAAUUCAAGUGAAGGAGAGAAAUAUGUGGUUGUUGAUUUGGGUUUAAUCUCAAGUGUGCUGAUAAGACAGUAGAUUAUAUCCUUUUUGCACAAACUAUUUCUCACAAUCCUUCAUGACAUAAGUAGGGUUGCCAUACAUUCUCUUUUUCCAGGACAUGUCCUCCUUUUCAGGGGUAAAAUUUCUGUCCUGUCAGAUUUUUCGAAUUUGCCAAAAUGUCUUGCUUCCUCUCUUUCUCCUUCUACAUAAAAAGAUGCUGUUUCGCUUUAUUGCUUUUCCUGGGCUUUUUAAUUAAUUAUUUUGUAUGCCUUACCACCACUACCACCUCGUGCACGUCCCAAAGAGGGAGAGGCAUAUGUAUGUAUGUAUCACACCCCCACACCCCAUUUUGCAUGCACAAAUUUUGCCUCGGCCCUUCCCAGUGCCCUCUGAUGUCACUCCAGCACAUGCCCCACCCACAGCAUUCUCCAGUGCUCGCCUGCUCCCGCACCCCCUCCUCCCUGGCCUAGGUGCCGGCAAAUGUGUCCUCUUUUUUGCUCUUCAAAAUAUGGCAACCCUAGACAUAAGGCAAGUAGGAGGAAGGAAACUACUAAACCUCAAAAGAAGCAAAGCAGGAACUUCUCUUUCUCUGUAGGGAAAACUAUUUUGUAGCCUUGAGCAUUGGGCUUAUUCCUGUGCAUAAAUAGGCUGCUGUGAGUUUUCAAAAUGUAGCAUAUGUCUUUGUGCAUGGGACCUGCUGAGAGUUGAACACGAACAUCUCCUUUUGCUCAAAUGUGAUGCUAUAGCACAUUUGCAAAAUGCCACUGCUUAACCGAAGGUACAAUAAUUUCUUGGUAUCUUCCAGUCUGGCAGUAUUUGACCUUGAGCAGGAUUAGGCUCUUCCCCAACCAUCGUCCCAACUCUAGCCUUGGAAACCAAGGGCAUCUAGAUGUUUCUCUAUUUUUAAAGCCACAGAAAAACUCAUGGAAGCCAUAUCAAGUCACAUCAAGGUGUAACAGAGCCUCAAAUGGCUGCAUAUUUGGUUUCCAGGCUACCUUCCCUAUCCGAAGCAAAAUACUUCCCCUGCAUAGGCUUCAGCCUUCCAAAGGGAUAGUUCAGUUGUAGCAUAUUUAUAUUUUCAAUGUGCAAGGUUCAUCGCGGCACCCCAUAAAAUGAAGUAAAGAUGAGCAGGAACAUAGAAUAAUAGAAUUGUAUAGUUGAAAAGAGUCCCAAGGGUCAUCUAGUCCAACCCCCCUGUAAUGCAGGAAUCCUUCCCACAGCCACCCCAAACUACCAUACUUCUGGUUAACAGGAAGACGCACUGACCCACUGUGCCACUGGGGGCUCAUGUAUUAAUGGUGAAAUGCACCCAACACUAAAUGUGUGAAAUGACAAAUCCACAACAUACUCAUCACAGUAAUAAAACUACAUAAGUUGUUUAUUUUAUCAGUUUCAUCAUUUUAACUUAAGUUCAUGGGAGGAAAAUUCCCAUUUCCCCUCUUCCCUAGCAGCCCCUCUGGACCUCAUCUCACAUUGUGCAGGAGAAAUUUCUGGCCCUCCAGGCAGACACUUGUGGGAGCAUAGGUGGUUCAAGGAGAGAGAAGUGAAUGGGAAACUUUCCCUCUGCAAACAUCCUAAAGUCAUAGGAAAGAUGAGGGAAAUUGUGUUUACUUUUGUGUACUUAGAAUUGUAUUUUAAUUAGUAAAAUAAAAAUCCUUAAACAGAACCUUGUUUUGAAUUUGUCUGCUUGCAUUGUCAUUAAGAAAGUUCCUUCUUCCAAGCAAGUCAAAGUUACCUUAAAUUCUGAAGGAGCAAUGAGAGAUCGAUCCUAGUGUUCACAUCUGUGGAAGCUAAAAUGGAAUUUGAUCAGUGCUUUGUUGAUAACCUACUAUUUGCAGUACUUCAUAGUCGAAAGAUCAUUUGGCAUCUUAAACAGUAUUGAGCAACAGUAUUGAGCAUGUUCUAAGUUAUUUAAGUAGAUGUCCAAUUUCCCAACAGAUACAAUACUGAUAGGUUGUCUGUCUUGACACAGUGUGUCAAAGUUGAUGGACAGCUUCCCAUAGGACUGUUUAGUAAUUGUAAGUUACCAGUUCUCACAUUCAGUGCCGUUCUUGUAAAUGCAUAGUGAGUGCAUGAGUGCAUCAUGCCCGUGAAAUGUCAGGUUUCCUGUUUGGUGCCUUCCAUUUUCAGCGGUGGCACUGCUCCUGUAGACCUUUGUAGAGGAAUUGUAAUCCUUCAGCUAUGCAAAGAAUUCAGUAGAAUGCAAGACAGCAGUGAAAGGAAGUCAGUACAUGUACGUUCAUGCACAGCAUUUUAACAAUGCAAGGAUUAAAUGCGCUUAAUCCUAACUCAGUUCUUCAAGCUUACUAAUGAGCUUGUGUGGCAGCAAAACAUUAACGUGCAGCUUUAUCUUCCAACAGGAUGAAUACUCAAUAUUUCCUCAGACGUACUCCAUAGACAUUAAUGGAUACAUUCUUGUUUACUCAGUCACAUCAAUAAAAAGGUAAGACAUGCCUCCAAUUCCUGCUAUCAAGACAGUUUCUUAAUUUUGAGCUGUUUCAGACUUUGGCUGCUUUAGUCUCCCUACUUUGCUUGAAAAUGUGGUGCAAACACAACCAAAAAAUAUUUUGCAGGACAUGGAUUGAGUGCCAUAAAAACAUACUGAGUUUUUAUUUAUUAGCUUUCAAAGUAGUAUUGCCUCUCACUGACAUUCUGGGAACCAUAAAGUGCAAGCUAAAUUGAGAAGUACUAUAAAAGGGCAGCAUCCAUUUGCUCUUCAUGAAACAAAAUUGUAAGACCUAGAAGAAAAAACAGAAUAGUAUUUCAGGCAGUUGUGGUCCUUACCUCUGCCUUUGUCAUCAAGCCAGCUAACAAGUGACACAUUCCACUGAUGCUCUUUCAUAAACAGUAGGUUUUGUGCUCAGAAAUAUACAUUGACUAUUGAAUAUGUAUAAAAAUUCCUCAAAAAUCUAUAUUGCCAUAUAAUACAGUUUUAUUUUACUUACUUUCUUAGACAAUUAAUUUUGUUCUCAAGUGUGCAACAAUGGUACCUGCCAGUAUUGUUUUGCUGCCUUCUCUGCAAAUGCACACUAGUAUGCUUGGUGUAUAGGUAUCCAAAGUUGUGGUAACCAAGCUGCAACCUACUAAUGCGCAUGUGUCAAGCAUUCUGGUAUCGUAGGAACAGAUCCAUUGAAAUUGAUGGGCAAAACUAACUUGGGUCGAUAGAUUUCAAUGGGCGAAUCCUGAGUAGAAUUUCGUGUUCAUCUGUUGAAAUGAAUAUUGCAAAGCCUUAGAACUGAACUUGCACACAACUCAGUGGGUAUCAAAAGUGAGGUCUGUGAAUUUGUCCCUAGGCUGAAUCUUCCACUCAUUUGAUAUUAGCCCUUCUGCCUUCCUGAAAGAGAAACCUUGGCACCAUUUCAAGGCCAUUAGUGCUUGAUAACAUAAAGCCUAUUACUGUGGGUAAAGGAUUGCUAAUGGGAUAUAGAGCCUUUCACGUUGAGUUCGCUCACUUACGAUGUUGCUUUGUGGCAUUACCAACCUUCAGCUGCCUGGUAGCCUAUGAAAAAUGAGAGUGCAACCUUGAUCCAUUUGCAGUAUGCUCUGAGGACUCAGACAGAUCUCCUUAUUGGGGCAGUGUAUGUGGACACACUGUACAGGAUAGCAGAAGGCAAGAGCUUAUUGGACUUUGUAACCUUGGCUCUUGAAGUCAGUAUUGAGGCAUUCUUUUGCUUUGGAAAUUUCCAUUCUUUGAGCUCUGCUUUCUGUGAUGGGCUCAAUUAUCACUUUCUCAUAUGUGUGUGUUCUUGGCCGCAGGGUGGAUAGCAAUUCGUUUGCUUUUCUUUCUUUCUUUUAAUAGAGAAUUUUAAAAUAGGCUUCUUGUUAAGCCUGUUUGCAGUCUUAAUAAAGAUGUUGAUGUUUUAAUUUAAGUUUCCAAAUUAAUAUUCUGCAAACCUUGUGGUACUGUUCUCUCACACAGGCAUAAGUGUAGGUGAUUUCUAACUUCCUUUUGAGAGCAGCAGACUGAAGAAAAUAUUGUUAGGAGACAACAGCUGUUGGGGACUCGCCAUAAUGAAUAGGAGGAGGGUCAUGGUGACCACAUGCUAUGCCAAGCCAUGUGGUUAGUUUUAACCGUAACACUUCACCUCCUCCCUUAGUUCAGCUGCUAAAGAAGUCCCAGGUCAGCUGGCUUGGAGUUGCCUCUGAACAAAGUCCUUGUGGUAUACUUCUCUCCAAACAAACCGCAAUGCGAAGCCUGACUUCCCAGUCAUGGUUUGUCUAGAGGAAAGCAAACCACAAGUGCUGAUACAGACACAAUGCGAAGCCAGCCACUCCGUGGUUUGCUUCCCUGCUCAAUUAAGGGAGAAGCGAAGUGAGAUCUGUGUGCACAAGCACACAGAUGUUUUGCUUAAAAUGAGUCCCACAGCUUGUGACUGGCCUCUGUGAGCUUCAUACCCAUUAUGGCGAGCCUCCAAGGGCAUGGUCGUAUAUCUCAGCAUUGUUGUGAUCUCUUGCCCUUUAAGAAUAUUUUAUUCACCGGUCUGCUGUUCUACACCUUAAGCUAUCAGACAUAAAUUGGACUUGUGUUCUGCUCCCACAUGAUAGGGCCAUAAGCCAUACAUGAGGGAAGAGCGCUUGGGUCUUGAGCUGCUCCCUAACUUGCCGAUUACCCAGUUGCCAGCGCAUUACUAUGCACUGCAUUCCAGGAGCCUCAAGUAGAUUGGGAAGGCACUGUGUUGUAUCCGUAUUCUGCACAGGAUAUUUGCUGACCUUCACUUCCAGCUGUGGCCCCACUGUGCUAUAUUGAAAGUUAUUCCAGAGAACAACCUCCCCCCCAAAAAAACACACACACAAACUUCAGGAGUGGCUGGAAUGGGGCAUGAGGGAUGUAGUCAGUAGAGAGGCCUAAAAAAACCAAAACCUGAUGUGCUCAUGUAAGCCCACUUACAGCCCUCUGGAUCCUACCUUGUUUUCCUGGAGUUAACUGUAUUAUCACACACAAAGAAUAAACACUGGGACAACUUCUGCAUUUACUUCUCUUGUAAAUUCCUGAUAACUGUCAAUACUGGAGAGUAUGCUUAAGCUGUACCUCUGCAGCAAUUUCGCUUCUGUUUUUGAGGAACAUGAGAGUUGCAAAUAUAUUUCCACUCUAAUGUCUCACAUGUCUCUGAGGUGAUCUCUUAUUUCCUUAUGUGUAAAGUUGUUUCAUGGGGGUGAAUGAGGCCAAGCCUUGGCAGGUGUUGGUACUGGUGAGCUCUGCAAAUCCUAAACACCUUGCAAUGCAAGCCGUAGGAAGGGAACGUGAGUGGUUGUAUGUCGCAGUCUACACUGAAAUGUGAAGCAAACACCAGCAAGUUCAGGCUGUGCCUGAAGCACAACACAGACCAGCUGGGUAGAGAAGGUGAAAGCCGUGGGGUAGUUGGUUGAAGUUGCUGGAGUUUCCUCAUCCCCAGUGUUAGAUGCAGAUAGCGGGCAAGGGCCUGGGGAAUUAGUGGUGUAAAUAUUGCAGUCCGUACAUAAAACGUAGGGUGAUAUGAGCUUGGUCUGCUGGUAGGAGGUGAAAGGAGCAGGGUGAAUGCAGAACCUUGUGCAUCUCCCUUUUCAGUCAGCAAAUUUUUUUUAGAUUGUACUGUGCUGUGUUGGAAUUCUGCCAUUGGUGUUUUAUGGAUUGUCUUCCAUUUACAUGAGCGAUCAAACUGUCACAAUGACAGUUCUGGCUUUCUCCAAUUCUGUUUACUUUUCUGUGCCAAAAUGGAAGUCCUGACCUCAUUGACCCAGUUGUCCUUCAUGGUCAAGGUCACACUGUGGUGGAAACUUCUGCAUGCACUCCCACUGCAGUUGUGCAAUUCUCCCUUCCUUUCAGUGAGGCUUGCACAGCGCAAGUUCCCAGGGGAUUGUGCAACCAGCCUACACAGAACAUAAACUGCUUUGGAAGUGACCUGGUAUAUAACAGUAUCAGGUUCGUGUUAUGUUUUGGAAACAGCCUCUUUAACCCUGGGUUUGUGACUUAAAAUAAUUAUGGUGCUUGAUGCUCAACUUUAUCACCUUUUACUGUUUAAAAGAAAUCAAAUUCAUACACAGCUCAAAUAAUGUCUCGCUUGCCAUGUAUAAGCCAGGGUGCAGGUUUUAAUUUCUCAUUUUUUAAUUGUGUAAACAUGAUGAGAUACCAUUGGCAUCGGGGAUCCACUUAGGUUUUCCAGACAAAUAGAAUUCCCAGUAGUUAAAUGAAGUAGUGUUUGCUUGUGGCUUUGAUCUUUGUAGAAUUAUUUGUGGGCGGGAUAGAAAUGCCAGAGGGUGCAACGUUGGAGGGCGUGUAUGAUGUCAUCCUUUUAUUUUUCAGUUUUGAAGUGAUUAAAGUUAUCCAUGGCAAGUUAUUGGAUAUGGUGGGAAAAGUCCAGUAAGUAGUAACACUCUCAUUUCAUUCCAUGUUUCAUUUUGCUGUCGUAUUACUCUGCAGACAUCAGCUUCUGCUCUGAAAGUGAUUUGUGUUGUUUUUAAUCCCAUAGGAUCCCCAUUAUGUUGGUUGGAAAUAAAAAGGACCUGCACAUGGAACGGUAUGGAAUAUUUCUCUUGAGAUGAGUUAAGGCAACCCUGCUAAGAUUAAAAUGUUGUGGUGCAUUGUAUCCAGUCAUACUCUGAGUAGGCCUGUUGAAAUUAAUAGACGUUACUGGCCUUGAUUCAUUACUUAUUCAUUUCAGUGGGUCUAACCUCUGUAGAACCGAGAAGAAUAUGCUUCUCUGAGCAUAACAGUCUGCAGAUAGCUGUAGCAGUCCUACGCCUUGAAAUGUGCUUGUAAUUUACUACCUUUCCUUCUGAUACAUCACCUCAGAUACCACAGCUUGCCUCAUUCCAAUUCCUAUUCCUGGCUUUUAUUUGAUAAAUUCAACUAAGGUUGGAAUGUUGGUCAGUUGAUGACCUACUUAUCUGCAGAAGCGUUAUGUAGGAGGCCAAGAAUGAACUAUAUUUGUCACAUUUGUGCCCUGCUGUUCCUCCAAAGAGCUCAGGUCAUCCUACUUGGGUUGGUACUUGAGUAUUGCUUUCAGGUUUUAGAGUUGCAAUUAUUUUUAAAAUGUAGCAUUUUGGCCAGGUCAGGUUCGGGUAAAGUUGCCUGAGGGUAACCUGUUGCCCGGAUAUUUGUCCGCCGAUCCUCUGGUGGAUCUUACUACUGUUGGGGCAAAGUUGAUUUUUAAUUUCACUACUGUCAAAUUCCCAUAGAAUUCCCAUAAUCUUUACCUGUCCCCUUUUUCUGAUUGGUAAAAAUUCACCUGCCAUCAUAAUCACUUACACAUUUAUGGUGACACAGAAACUCAGAAUUGUGGUAAUAUGGUUAUACUCCUUCAAGCAGCUCGUGGCUCAGCUGUGGAACUCACUGCCUGAGGAGGCAGUGAUGACCACAAGCCUGGAUGGCUUUAAAAGAGAACUGGACAAACUAGUGAAGGCUAUGGUGAUCACAGUGGCUGUGCUCUGCCAAUCACAGUUGGAGGCCCUGUGCUUCUGAAUACCACUUGCUGGAACCAGCAGAGGGGGAGAGUGUUCUUGCGCCCGAAUCCUGCUUGCUGGCUUCCCAUGGGUGCCUGGCUGGCCAUUGUGGGAGCAGGAUGCUGGGCUACGUAUGCCCUAGACCUGAUCCAGUAGGCUCUUCUACGUUCUUAAUAGACAGAAUAAUUAUAUUGCUGCCACUACUAAAAUUUUACUCUUAGAAGAGAGAUGGUCCAAAUAAUACCCUAUUACCUAGAUGAUCACCCAUGGGACGUUGCUUAGCCUGUAAAUGUGCACGGCCUUAACUUAGUUGUUUUCCAAGUUGCUGUACCCAAAAUAAUACGCAACUUAGUGCUUGUGAAGUUGCUGUUAGAGAUGGUGCCUGUGUUGUUGAUUCCAAACCUGUGUGAUCAGCAGGGCUUUAAUGUUAUUGUGUGAUCUGAUUAAGCUUUGGCUUUCAUUAUGUAUCUUCCAACAAUACACUCAGCUCCCCUUCCUUCGAAACUAGGUGUCACCUGCUUCUUGCUCUAAUUGAAAAUUGAUGUGAAACCUUCUCCAUGAAACACUGAUAAUCCGAACUGUAAACAUAUCAUAUCUGGAUCUAUUAGAUGAGUUCUCCUAAAUCUUACAUAUAAUACAGUACGACGAGCAGUCAGAUGGUUAGAACUUUAAUUUAGAGGGCUCUUACUAUAAAUAACUUUACUUUCCUUUUUUCAGGGUGAUCAGCUAUGAAGAAGGGAAAGCUUUAGCAGAAUCCUGGAAUGCAGCUUUCUUGGAAUCUUCUGCUAAAGAAAACCAGGUAGCCAAUUUGCUUCUAAAGGGUUGAAGUUGAAAUAGGAAUUGCUGCUUAAUUAUGAAUGUGUUUCCAGGGAAAUGGGAGAAGAGCUGCCCAAGUCAGCUUUUUACAGCUUGCUGAUGACCAUUUGCAUAGUGGCAAAGUCAUCACUUGGGCGUUUGCAUCCCAUUGACUGUUCCUGAUCUGGAGAUUACUGUGAUAUGUCACCAUAUGAUGAAAUCUUCAGGCAACAAGACUGUCAUGUAAAUAUUACAGUCAUCAGAAGAUUAAUGCGGUCACAUCAAUGCAGCCACUUCAAACUACAAACAAACAAGAUUAGUUAUGGGCGAUGCAAACUGGGAACCUUGUUAAAACAUGUAUUUUCCAUAGACUUUGUUACAUGACUGCAUCAAUUUAUCCUUAAGCUGCAGAGGUAGGGUGAACUCUUGCUUUGCCACCACAGAUUAAGAGCUCCCUAAUUUUGUAAGAUGAAAGGAUCCGCUAAAAAGAGCACUGGCAGUUUUAGACUUGUGCUUGAGUUAAAGCAGCAUAUCAUAUAUUCCUUGUUAAAAUGGGAGCUGAAUUACUGUUUCAGAAUAUCGGGGAGGGUAUCUGAAUGUUUCAAUAAAAUUGCAUUCCUGUCUACCUUCAGGAGCAAAGAAACAGCAUGUAGAGGUGAAACUUCUGUAGAGCAAGCUAUUUGGGAUUCUGCAAAAAAUCUAAUUGCAGAGGAAAUAUAUUAGGUUAAUUGACCACUUGUGGACAAUUUGUGUCUGGGAAACAUUAUACCCUUUUCAUUUGAUUUUGGAUUUUAAAUGUCACAUGAGAUACAGUACAUAUCUGGCAUUAUAUGAGGCAAUGUUCAAUUAACUGUCAUAUUGCACUUUUAAGAUGCUUAAGGGACUGCUUGAAUCCACUGGAGCAAAUUUGGAAGCAAGCCCAGUUCAGAAUUGUACCUUGUUGGCAAAUGAUUCUUGAUGAACAGAAAAAAACAGAAAGACGAGCAUUGGAUUCUCCAAGUGUGCCAACUCAAAAAUGCCGAGAUAGUUUCACACAAAUUUCACACAGAUUUGCAGCAUUCUCAUUACCAAAACAUCCACUUCUUCAUUCUUUACUAUAUUUUCCCUGCAACUAUUACUUCUGCAGGCAAAAAUUCUUAACAAGUUUCAGUACAAGAGGAAAAGAGCUUUUAACACGAAAAAAUGAAACAUCAAUAGCAACUAGGUGAUAAGAGAUUAUAUAUAUACAGUGGUGCCUCGCAAGACGAAAUUAAUCCGUUCCGCGAGUCUUUUUGUCUUGCGGUUUUUUCGUCUUGCGAAGCACGGCUAUUAGCGGCUUAGCGGCUAUUAGCGGCUUAGCGGCUUUAAGAAAAAGGAAACAAACUCGCAAGACGUUUCGUCUUGCGAAGCAAGCCCAUAGGGAAAUUCGUCUUGCGGAACGACUCAAAAAACGGAAAACCCUUUCGUCUAGCGAGUUUUUCGUCUUGCGGGGCACCACUGUAUUUUUAAUAAAGAUACUGAAGGGCAACAUUUUGGUUCAGGGGACAGUUCUUCCUAUUCAGUCCUUAUAUAUUUGGGUGCCUUUCUGUGCUACCUUCUAGCUCAGAAUAAUGGAAGUACCUUCUGAAAAGCAUCUAUUUCUCCAAACCAAAAUGCGGCUCCUGGAGCUUAAUUGAGUCAACUGCCUCUUAGCAUCUGUUGACAUUGCCCUCUAGUUUCUCAGAAACAUUUCCCUGGCCUUCAUAGCUUCCAGCUCUGUAACUCUCUUCACAUAACUAUUGGGUUAUGAAUUCAGGCUCAGGUCCCUGAAAUAGCCUCGUAGCCUUCUGAGAUGAGACUGCUAAUCUUUCCGCUCCCAAUGCUCAGGGCAGGUAACAAUACUUCCAGUGCAAAACAAGUAGGUGUGAAACCAAAUUACUAUUAUAUUUCACUGGUCUCAUGCCAGGCCUAACAAAGAGGUCUUCGUUACACCUUGGAAAGCCACCCGAUUCACACUUUGGCUUGAAACUUCAGCAGCAUGGUGGUCUGCGGUGAUCUUCGCACACAUUGUGCAAGGUACACAAGGCCCAUUCUGAGCGAUUUUGGCUCAAGAGGCACUUCACAUGUUGAGCAUCACUUGCAUAUUACAAGAAUAAGGAAGGCUUGCAGGUCAGAGUUCAGCAAUGAGAGUUGGGUGAGGAAAUUAGGCGGUCCUGAUUUUUUGCGUUGCUUUUAUUGCAUCGUGUCACAUGCAUAUCCAUCUCAGGCAUGCUAGCAAUGCUGAGCUACAGCAUGUCGUCACCUUUCCUCUUCUCAUCCUUGUUUGCUAUUCUAAAACAGUUACAGUGGCUGCUGUGCUUUCUAGUGCUUCAGACUCUUAAUAGCCCCUCUGCCUUCUUUCCAGACUGCUGUUGACGUCUUCAGAAGGAUAAUUUUGGAGGCAGAGAAAAUUGACGGGGCAUCUUCACAAGGGAAGUCUUCAUGCUCGGUGAUGUGA